UCGUCUGUGGCCGUAAACUGAAUAUCUUUGGCGUGUGGACAAAACUAAACAUUAUGUUGGAGUUUCGGGGAAAUUAUUUAUAAUCAAAUAAUCAAUAGACUAAUCGAUUAUGAAGAGUCGUUAUUUGCAGCCCUAAGACUCUCCUUUUUUUUUUUUUGCUCAUCAGGAAACUCAACAUUUGAAUAUGCUCUGCCCUGAAGUAACGUCGACACACACACACACACACACACACACACUCAGCAGAGAUUAGCUGCUGUAUGGAACCUCAGGGAAUCUCAUUCACAUGUAAAAAAAAAAAAAAAAAACACUUCUUAAUUCUAAUUGGUGGCCGGUGUAAAUCCUCCACUCCCAUUUAAAAGCAGCCUCUCUGCAGUUUGUCUUCCUGCUGCUUCGACUUGUACCUCAGACAGAAGCAGUUUGAUUUCACGCCGCGGACCCGAAGUGAAGCACCGACAGAGUUUGAGCAAAUCGACGUAUGGAUUUUUCUUCCUUUUCUUUUUCACAGAAACCAGAAUAACUUUGUUUUGGUUGUUUUGACUCCGGGGGCUUCCUCUGCUCUCAGGGCUGAUCAUUGAUCAGUUUUGAUCAGAUCUGACGUCGUCAUGGCUCCCGUCGUGACGGCAGAGAGAAGACCGGCGUUUUCCAUCGAUCGGAUUCUGGGUUCGGAGCUGGAACGACCAGGAAUCUGCCAGAAGCUCCACAGACCGUGGGCAGAGAUGGGAGCCGAGAAGGAAAACCGAGGACACGUUGGUCUCUGCUCCAAACAACAACCUCAGCAGGUGAACGCUCACAGGCCGACGUCCAACUGGUACGUCGGCCGAAGACCGCGGACCGCCUUUACCAGCGGGCAGGUGAACGUACUGGAGACUGUGUUCCAGGUGAACUGUUACCCAGGCAUCCAGCUGAGGGAGCAGCUCGCUGGGAAACUCAACCUGGACGAGGACCGAAUACAGAUCUGGUUUCAGAACCGACGAGCCAAAAUGAGGCGUUCGCUCAGAGAGACCCGACUGCGGCUCGUCCAGACGGCCGUGUCCGACCUCGGACACCAGGUCGCAGGGCAGCUGAAGGCCAAACGGGACGUGCGAGGGGGGGGCGGCCUGGAGCUUGCCCAGCGGCUCGCCUCUCGUGUCCAGCAUCGGGCGGAGGAGGAGGAGGAGGGCGAGUGAUGUCGAAGUUUAUAUAUAUUUUGUUUAACAUUGUUUACCGAAUGAAAAGUUAAACAAAACCUCUGAAAUGCGGCUGAAUCCAUCCACUCUCUCUCCCUCAUCGAGGAAUUCUGAGACUAUGAAUAUUCAUGAUAUGCAAAUAACACAGGCUCCGCCCACCACCGCUGCUCGCGCUAGGUUGACCGGUGGAAGAAUGUGAUCAACUAGAUGGAUAGGGGCAACAUCGGAGAGAUGAACUGCAAAUGCUAACGCUAACUGUCAGCUGACACACCUGCCGUCCUCUCGUGGAUGCUAACUGCUCAUGCUAACGCUUACCGUCUGCUGACACACCUGCCGUCCUCUCGUGGAUGCUAACUGCU